UGCUUGGAUACGUCUCAGUUGAACCUUGGGAUCCUACUAGACGUGUAUUUCCAUUGCAAUUAUGGCGAUCGCUGCGCGGCUGCCCCACGCGCAGAGAGUUCGCCCGAACUUAGCGGCCAAGGAGGCCUAGGGGGAACUAGUACAACUAAAGUAGGCCCGGCGUGGGCCACACGACAAAACAUCAUAUUCGUGGUGAGCAGAGUACUAGAGCUACACAGCCCGCAAAGCAUCGAUCCUGGGUCGUCACCCUCUGUUGUCCCUGGUAUUAUGCCGUGCUGGCGCUGUAGUGACGAGCUGGUGAAUGAUUCUCGUCAUAUCAAAUUUUUAUGGCCAAGAUGGGAGCUUUUCGCAGCCGACCGUCAAGGCGACGAAGCUUGCGCGAAUCCAAGGAGCGUUCCAUGGCUUCCAGGCCAAGUCUUGUGUGUCGGCCUAGCUUAAGCUGUCGUCUGAUUUUUUGUAGAUGCAGAACUGAUUCUCGUAGUCUCAGUCGUCGCUUGGUCAUCAUAUAAGCAAGGACAAUGCAGAACGAUGUGUGAAUUCCAAGGUCACAGUGCACUAAUAAAGUCUCCUUGCGC